AUGGACAAAUUCUAUUACCAGUACAACUUAGAAGUUUUCAAAGACGUGCAAGAUCCUAUAGGUUCUUCUGAAGAACCAUUCAAGAGACCAAGGCCAGUGCAAGAUUUUUGUCUGUCUCUUAUGGAUUAUUUCCGAGACGUGUGCAAGUUUGUGGCCAUGGAGCGUGAAGUAACUCUUGACCAUCUGUUCAUCAACGGGACUCUUGUUCAAGGCCAAAAUGAAACCAAGAGUGGGAAAAACAGUGUAAAACUAAUGGAAAAGGAGCUAGGGACUUGUAAUCUGCAAGGGAAGGAAAAGGCAGCCCUUGAAAGAAGCCAAAUAUUUCAAGUCCCAGGAAGCAAAGAACUGGGGAAAAAAGUGAUUCAGAAGAUCUGCCAGGACUGGUCCAAUGGAGAGCUGCCUCUGUUUGAAUUUGUCUUUUGCUUUGAGUGCAAACAAAUAAGCAUGCCUGAGAAGCGAUACAGCUUGAAGGAUCUGCUUCUUGAGUCUUUUGUAAAACCUCAGGAAGGAGGCAAUGAGAUCUUUGAGUAUAUACUACAUAAUCCUGCUAAAGUCCUUCUGGUUUUUGAUGGCUUUGAAGGGCUGCAUUGUAAUGAGAAUUCUCCUCAUGGCUCAGACAGCAAGUCUGACAAAGAGGUGUACAGUAUCAGGGAGCUACUUUCAGGCCUCAUCCAAAAAAAGAUACUGAAUGGUUGUACUUUACUGCUUACAGCAAGACCCAAAGACAAGGUGAGCCAGUAUGUGUCCAAAGUGGAUAAGACUGUUGAAAUAGUAGGAUUCUCCCCUCAGCAGAGAGAAUUAUACAUAACCAAAUAUUUUGAGGGAUUACCCUACUGUGGUAAGGCACUCAAAUUAAUCAGAGAUUGUCAGUACCUUUUCAGCCAUUGUUACAACCCUCUUAUGUGUAAGUUUGUUUGUUUUCUCUGCGAGACAGCACUUGAAGUGGGAGAGAAAGACCUUCCUUCAACUCUUACUGCACUCCUCCUGAAAUUUGUUCAGCAAAAGCUGUCACCUAUGCAAAGAGAUGUUACACCCAUGCAAAAUCAAGAGAAUCUUGCUACGCUAGCCCGUAUAGCCUGGUAUCUUGGAGAGAAGCACCAAAGUGCCGUGGAAAGCCAUCUUUUUCCUUCUAAGGAAGCUAAAGAAUUUGCCCUGAAGUAUGGAUUCGUCCUGCCAUUUGCAUUCCCCAAGCAUUCAGAUCCAGGAGAGGAAGAAUUCGGUAGCAUGUUCUCCGAUUUUGCCGUUCAGAAUUUCUUGGGUGCACUUCACCUUAUGUUAGCAGAAGAGGUCCAGGAUAAAAGCCUAAUCAAGUACCUGUCUUUUCCAUCCAAGAAGAAAAAACCUUAUAACUGGUUAGAGUUAGUGCCUCGAUUUCUAGCUGGAUUGCUGUUCCUCCAGGAUGACCCUGACUUCUGCUCCCUUUUGAACAAGGAUGUAAAACAACCAGCCAAAAAGCAGAAAACACUCCUGAAAUACAUUAGAAGGCUGCAGAUAAAUAACCUCUGUCCAGAAAGGUUACUGGAGCUUUUCCAUUGUAUUUAUGAAACACAAAACAACUAUCUCUUGCAGCAUGUGGCCCUAAGACUCAACCCAGAGCUGUCUUUUCUGGGGGUUGUUCUUACACCACCUGAUGUCCAUGUGUUGUACUCUAUUUUAGAAAGGUCAAGAAAAGAGUUUUCCUUGGAUUUGCAAAACAGCAGAAUUGACAUGCAAGGGCUAAAAGACUUGGUUGGCCUAAAGAAUGUGGCAUCAUUCAGGGCUUCUCUCAGAGAUACAAUCAGGCUCUGGAAGUCUUUAAAACAGGCAAAAGAGUAUGAACUGCUGAGAAUGUCAACAGAGAAAUUUAUUCUUGAUCCCUUUAAGGCAAAGACGAUGAAUGAUAUCAGUGACCUUUCGGACCUUGUGGAGAUGCAGAAGAUCAUCAGUUGUGUGCAAGAUGUAUCUGAUUGGAACAGCUAUGAAAUUCCUGCCAUCAAAAACCUCAAGAAACUAGAAUUUGCGCUGGGUCAGGUGUGUGGCCUUCAGGGAGUCCUAAAACUUGUGGGAAUUCUAGCGGCGUUUCCGUCACUGCAGCAUUUAGACCUUGAAGCUCUGAGUGAGAAUGGCAUAGGAGAUGAAGGAGCAAAGAGUCUAUCUGAAGUAUUUCCCAAGCUGACAUCUCUGGAAACAUUAAACUUGUCACAGAAUAAGAUAACAGAUGUGGGUGCAGAGAAACUAGCUAAAGCUCUUCCUCACUUGUCUUCACUGAAGACCCUUAGCUUGUACAAUAAUAGUAUUUGUGAUUUUGGAGCAGAAAAUCUUGCAAAAAUUCUUCCUGCAAUGGCAUCCUUAAGAGUGUUAGAUGUUCAGUAUAACAAAAUAACUGAUGUUGGAGCCCAACAUCUGACUGACAGCCUACGAAAAUGUCCUUGUAUUAAGAAUUUGCUGAUGUGGAAUCCUACUAUUCCCUAUGGAGUUCUUGAGCAUCUUCAUCAGCUGGAUUCUAGAAUUAGUGUGUAGAUGCAGCUGAUCCAAAAAGGUAACAUAAAAGAGAGCAGAAGGUUCCCUCUGUAUCUCCUUAUCUUCUUUGGUGAUUUAUGAAUCAGGAAAGAAAGUGCUGGUUUUUAUGGCAGUGGCAAAAUGAAAAGUCGUCUUUG